AUGUCAGAGAGGUCUUUAUCUCCAUCAGAUUACCAUGAGUUCAAGCAUGCCAAGUCAAUCAUGGUUAUCAAGACUUCUUUUAAAAAGAGAAGAUCAAUUCGUUGUAAAGUCAAUCAGAAAUUCCAGUUGGAAUUAGAAUUAAAUAGAUGUAAUUUAUCUUGUGAAUGUUCUAAUUGUGGCAAACCUGUGGGGUUCUAAUUAAAGAUUCAUGGGGAAUUACCUCUCAAAGAAACCUGUUAUUAGAAAAAGAAAAGAGUCUUGAAAAGAUUCAAGGCUAUCGGAAAUGCUAUUCUAUUCAUCCUCAUUUAUAAAUUGGAGGCAAUCAAAAAGUGGAAAAAGAAAAUGCAUAUUCUCAGAGCAGCCAGAAACUUAACUAUCAUAAGAAGACCUGCAGUUCUUCAAUCAGUUCAUUUAUUACCAAAUCUACAACCAAUGAAAUAACCCAUCAAGUACUUUUUCCUUUUUGAAAGAACGAAAUAACUAUCUAUCUCAUCAAUUUCCAUUCAAACACUCCCAUGA